AAUUUCCGGCUAGCGGCGGUAGUGAUAAGCUACUUAUUUAAAUAUCCGUAUCGUCCCAAUAAACGAAUCAGUCGAAAGUGCAAUUUUUCGGAAAGCAUUUCGUACGCGCUUAAUUCGAGUAGAAAUAAAGACAACAUGGCGCUAUCUCUUUUCCGCACGCUGCUAUUGGUUGUUGCCACCAACGGUUUGGCGCAUGCGCAUCAUGUGCCUGCCUCGACGGUGGUAAAUUUCGUUGUGACGUCAUCGUUGCCCACUAUAGGGGUUGCACGCAAUGAAAGCAGCUAUCAGCAUUACAACAACAAUACUGAUAGCAAUAACAACGCAACUAGCAUCCUUGGCGCAAACGCUGAGUAUCCAAGCCAAACUGCGUUGAACCUCGAGGACAACGGCAACGGCGACGCUUUCACUGUCAACAUCAGCACGCCGAAGAGUGUAGUUCAGGAUUGGAGUUUGGUUUGUCAGCAGCUCUGCGGAGCUGGCUUGGGCGGCGCGCCAUGUUUGGCCUACUGUCACAGCAGUGAUAAGCCGUCGCUUCUACCAGCCUUCAAUGGCAGCAGACAAGAAAUAUGCAAGGACCUCUGCAGGCUACAGCUCGGUGAUGUUAGUUGCAACUGUACGCCCGAAGUAAUAGCGCCGAUUGCCUACUCCAAUAUGACAAUUCAAUAUGAGUUGGGUAAUGCGGUGUGCGGCAGCUUCUGUGAGCAUAGCAAUGCAACACUGAUCGGCUGUAGCAGCUGCCAGUUGAAAGGCAAUAAAAUGCAGAUAGCGAAGAGAGCGGCGGCUGAGAGCACAACACCAGACUGGAAGGAGCUGUGCGCCUCUCUAUGCAAAACCGGCGAUGGCGGGGCAUUGUGCAAUUGUGAUUUGGCGCCGUUUUUUUAGAAAUCUAGCAGAGCAGCGAUAAGCUAAGCCAACCACACACAGUUCACGCACACACUUAAGCAAAGAGCAGAACGAAGCGUGGACGGACACAGGUGAAAGAUGACAGGUGACAACUGAAGUGUCUAAGUGUCGCGGUUGUGCGAAAUUUUUGGCUGGUUUUUACUACUCUGCGCGGUCUCUAAAAUUUAAAAUUUAUUUUUGACGACGACAAAAACACCAACACUUAUUGUUAUUGACAAUUUAUUAUUAUUUAUGACUUGCAACAUACAUACAUAUAUAUUCGUACAGGCAUACGUUUAAUGGUAAUCCUAAUUAUGCAACACACAUACAUACAUUUGUAAGCACAAUGUAUAUUUUUGGAAAUUAUUUGUGAAAAUCUACAACAACUACUUAAUUUGUAUGCUCCAAAUAAGAAAGUUUUUUCGCAAAAUAUUUGGUUUUUUUAUUACAACACUGUUUGUUUCUGUUUUUGUUGUUGUUUGUUGCUGUCUCUUUGUUGUUUUUGUGUUAUGAAAGACGGCGGCAAGGCAUUGCAGGCGGAGGAGAACUACGAAGCGUGUGAGAAAAUAAGAAAAAAAUACAAAAAAUAUUUACAAAAAAAAAAAAAAUCUCAAUCCCUAUGCGAAUCAAUUAAUUUGUAAUUAAUUUGAAUUAUAGUUAAUGAAAAAAUGUACCGUUAAACUAACGUAAACAAAAAUUCACAACUACAAAUACAAUUAUAGACAUAAAGCGAAACGAAAAGUAAGCGACAGUGUAUGACACAAAAAUAUACAUACUAUAUAUAAAUAAAAAAAUAUAUAUAAUUAUAACGGUGAUGUAGACCAAUAUAUACAUACAUAAAGACAUACAUAUAUAUACACAAACAUCAACCAUACUAACUACCUACACAUAAAGCAUAAUCUCUAAUGCACUAAUAAAUAGCUCAUACUUACAUGCAACUGUAUCUAGACAUAAUAGUUAAGUGCCGUAAUCUAUAGUAAUUUUAACGGUUUUCUGUUUCACAGUUAUUGUUGCACAAUUUUCUCAAGAAAUUCGUGAAUGCAAAAUAAGAACAACAAAAUCACCAAAGGGCUUCCAGGAUGCCAGCAUGGCGGCGUGCGGCUUGCCACAAGCAGUGGCGGGUGCUCAACCUCCAGCUGGCAUACAAAUCUCAGAGUGUAGAGUAAUUGUAGGUUAAACGAAAAAAAAAAAAAAACAAAAACAAAAUGUUUGAGUUAAUAAACGAGUUCAAAUGAAAUUUUGUGCAACAUUUCCAGAUUGAGGCAGGUUUUGAAGAUUUUUUUUUUUUUGAAAGUUAUAUUAUUACUUUUUAGUAAUGGCAUGUAUUCAAAGUAAUUAUGGUAAAAGAGUUAGUUAAAAGUGUAACACAAUUUUUAAUUUGUUUAUUAUAUAAACAUAUAUUAUUUAUAAAUAUUUAAAAACAUUUUUUUAUAAAAGAAUUUUUUUUCGAAUGAAAACAAAAUAUUUUUUUCAUUAAAUAUAUAUAAAAAAAUAUUAAAAAAUUUUAAUUAAAAAUUUUUUUCUUGGUUUCGGAUGAAAAAAGUUUUUUUUUUAUUAAAAAUAUUUUAAAACAUUUUUUAAAUUAUUAAUUAAAUAUAUAUUUUUUAUGGAUUUUCUAAAUGGCAAAUAAAAUAAAAAAAAAAUAAAAAAUAAAAUAAAAAAAAAUAAAAAUAAAAUAAAAUAAAAUAAAAUAAAAUAAAAUAAAAUAAAAUAAAAUAAAAUAAAAUAAAAUAAAAUAAAAUAAAAUCAAAUCAAAUCAAAUCAAAUAAAAUAAAAUCAAAUCAAAUCAAAUCAAAUCAAAUCAAAUCAAAUCAAAUCAAAUCAAAUCAAAUCAAAUCAAAUCAAAUCAAAUAAAAUAAAAUAAAAUAAAAUAAAAUAAAAUAAAAUAAAAUAAAAUAAAAUAAAAUAAAAUAAAAUAAAAUAAAAUAAAAUAAAAUAAAAUAAAAUAAAAAAUAAAAUAAAAUAAAGUCGAUUUUCACAAUUUAUUUAUAUUAUAAUUUUUUGUACUGAAAUUCUAUAUUUUUUUGUUUUAGUUGUAAUUUAAUUUUUUACGGUUAUCUUACAUUAAAAAUAUAUUUUUUAGCUUAUUUAAAAAAGAAAAUAUUUUUUUUUAUAAUUUUUAAUUUUGAAUAAUAUUUUGCACCUAAAAACUGCAACAAUAAAUUAAGUACAAGAUAUAGAAAUGCCAAAAUAGGUCUAUUAUUUUUAGCCAACAGUGUAUGAGAUAAUUAAAAAUAAUUAUAAAUAAAACUAAAAUCAAUAAAAAAAAUCUUUUCGUAGUAAUAUUAAGCUACUUUGGAAGACAAAUGUUAAAUAAGCACACAUUGUAUAGAAAAUAAUGAAAAAUACUAGAAAAAAAUCGUUUUGGAAGACAUUUUUCAUAUACAAGAAAUAUGAAACUUUUGAAAAAUCCACAAGCAGCAAUGGAUUUAAAAUUUUGGAAGACAACGCUGUACACUUGACCCAAGCGUUAUAUAAAUAAAUACAAAUAUUUAAUAAUACUAAAUUACAUAUAUAAAAUAUAUAACUAAUGCUUAAGGGGGAUUACAUAAAGCAGCAAUUAGCUUAACUUAGCAAAAUUAUAAAAAAAAAGUUAUGAAAUACAUUAAUAUAAAAACAAAACAAAAAAAUAAUUAUAAUGAAAUAAUUUCUGUUUAAAAAAAAAAUAUUAUUUCACUUUGAUGAAAGCUCAAACAAAGAGGCACAGCUUUCCACACACAAAAGCGAAGAGCGAGUGUUUUUUUGUUUGUCAUUUUGGCUGAAAUCUACGCUGUGACUGACAAUAACGGCAAAUUCUUAACGCAAACACACGCCAGUGACACACAGUGGUCCGGUGCGGUUGGCAAGAAUUUCCACAACGACAUAGCGCAAAAGUAAAUUAUGCAAUAAUUAUAUAAGUAAUAAUAAUAAAAAAAAACAUGUUUUGGAAGACAAAAUACCAGUUAAUUUAAUGCAAAUAAUAACAAAAAUAUAAAUAUUAGUGGCAUUAAUUAAAGCAUAUCGUAAAGUAAUGUAUAUGUAUGAAUGUAAGAAGUUUGUAAAAAACAAGAAAACGUUAAGAAAAUCACACAAAAUAUAUUACAAAAGAAAAUUGAAGCAAAAAAAGUAAAACAGCGACAGAGCUGGGAACAGAAACAGAAUUGGUAACAGAAACAGAAUUUGCAACAGAAAUAGUAUUGGUAACAGAAACAUAAUUGCCAACAGAAACAGAAUUGCCGACAGAAAUAGUAUUGGUAACAGAAACAGAAUUGGCAGCAGAAACAGAAUUGGCAGCAGAAACAGAAUUACCAAUAGAAACAGAAUUGCCAACAGAAACAGAAUUUCCAGUAGUAACAUAAUUGCCAACAGAAACACAAUUUUCAACACAAACACUAUAAAAUCCAACAAUGUAUAAUAUCAAAUUGUCAUUUCAAGUUUAUUUUCUAAAUGUUUGUCCAACACUACAUAUUUAUAUGGGAGCAAAUUUUCAGAGCACAGCCAAUGUUAUGAGAGAAACCAAUUUUUGAUGUCGACAACCAUUUGAAGAGUCACAAAAAAGAAUUAACUAAUUAUUAAUAAAUAUUGCACAGCACUUUUAAUGUUAAACGCAAUUUAUGCAUAUUAAGUGUCGUAUUCCACUUUCGUAUUGUCUUUAAAUGCACCUAAAUAAUCCAAAAAUGCACGCACCCCCCUCACACCCACAAAGCAGCAAUGCUAAAUAUUUAUGAAAGCACACCUAUGAAUAUUAUAUAUAAAAACAUAUCUCUACAAAUAUAUAUAUUAAAUGUAAAUGCACUUAUUUUUUUCUCUAAUUACUUGCCUGUUGAUUGUAUGUAUUUGUACUUGUUGUAAUUGUAUUGUAUUGUAAUCUAGUUGUUAACUGCCAUUCGACUUUGUUUUACUCUCAAAAACAAAUUAUAAAAAAAAACUAACAAGAAACAAAGGAUUCGUUUAGUAUGGAGAAUGUCAUUUAAUUAAAAUACCUUUGGAUAACCAAGUAAUCAAAAAAAAAAAAUAAAAAUUCAAAUACUUUCAAUUACAUAAUUAUCUCAAAUACAAAAAAAAAAAAACAAAAAAUGCACUUUUCAAUAUUCAAACUUUAUAAGUGUUUAGCUGCAUAUAUCAAAUGAAACGAAACACAAGCGAGAGCAUAAAUAAAUUGUCCUUUUCGUGACUACACAACGGCGUAAAACCAAAAGCAGGCUGCAAAAGGAGUACCACGAAAUGUUUAUUUGCUUAACAAUAUAUAUAUAUAUAGCUAACUGUGUACAUAAAUGCAUAUGUAUGUUUAUGUAUUUUAAAUGGAAACUCCAGCAUAUAACAAAUAUUUAAUGAAAUUAAUAAACAAUUAUAUAGUUGAAUGUUGUGAAGUCAA